AUGACCGAUUUGAUAGACCCAGAACCAAAAGCCAUGCACUUCUUCGACGUUGUACCUGAGCAAUAUAGCCUGGCUGAAAAUUUGUAUUUCAGGGUGUCCCCCUGUGUGUUCAGCACUGCUGCUCAGCAGAGAAGUACAGGAGAUGAAUGUGGCCCAGAAGAUCCCCGUGAUGAACCCAAGCAUCCUCUUUCUGACUGUGCCCUAGAGCACAAAGCUAUCAAAUUGGAAGAACAAGUCCGGGAUUUAACUGAGCGAUACCGGAAAGCCUUGGCAGAUUCCGAGAAUGUCCGGAGGAGAACGCAGAAGUUUGUGGAAGAUGCCAAGCUCUUUGGGAUCCAGAGUUUCUGCAGGGACCUUGUGGAGGUAGCAGAUAUCUUGGAGAAGACUGCCGAGAGUGCUGCAGAAGAAACGGAGCCUAGUAAUCCAAAUCCAACCCUGAAGAAGAUCUAUGAAGGCCUCUCUCUCUUAGAGGCCAAAUUGCAAAGUGUGUUUGCCAAACACGGCCUUCAGAAGAUGAACCCCGUUGGUGGCAAAUACGAUCCGUAUGACCAUGAAAUAGUCUGCCAUGUACCAGCCGAGGGGCUGCAGCCGGGCACGAUAGCACUGGUGACUCAGGAUGGCUAUAAACUCCACGGCCGCACGAUCAGACACGCGCUCGUUGGCGUGGCGGUGGAGUCGCAGGAAUGACGUGGGAUAACCCGUUGGUUUCUGGGACCAUACUGAGCUGAGGGGACCCCUGAGCGCUCAGUCACAACUGCAGCUGCAUGUCUUUACUUAUUUAUUGAGCUAGGUUUGUAUUGUAUGUUGGCUUCUUUAUAAUGUGUGCAGGCAUUUUGCCAUUAAUUCUAAGGUACUUGUGUAU